AUGUCCUCGCACACGCCGGCUCCCUUUCAGACCUCCCCGCCCCAGCUAUCCUGCUACACCCUGAGCGUCCCUGCCCCGUACACCCUGCUGGUCACCAUCAACCGCGAGUCCUCCCGCAACGCCAUCACGGUCAACGGCCACUGGGAGGGCGACCUCCUGUGGGCCUGGUUCGACGCCGAGCCGACCCUGCGCGUCGCCAUCAUCACGGGAAAGGGGCCCAAGUCGUUCUGCGCGGGCCAGGAUCUGCUCGAGCAGCACCGGAAGCGCGGCGGCAAGGCGGAGGCAGAGGGAGCCAGCGGCAAGGUGCCGACGGUCGAGGAUAACCGCCCGAGCAUGCCCGCCGGCGGGUUCGCGGGCCUGUCCAAGCGGCUGGGCAAGAAGCCCGUCAUUGCGGCUGUGAACGGGUAUGCUUUUGGUGGCGGGUUCGAGAUUGCCCUGAACUGCGACCUCGUCAUCGCCUCCCCGACCGCAACCUUCGCCCUCCCCGAAGCCCAGCGCGGCCUCUGGGCCGCAGCCGGUGGCCUCCCUCGCGUGGUGCGCAUCUUUGGUAUGCAGCUCGCCACCGAUCUCGCCCUGACGGGCCGGAUCCUCACCGCGAAGGAGGUGGAGCACUUUGGCUUCGCGCGGGUCAGCAGCAGCCCGGAGUCCCUGAUCCCCGAGGCCCUCGAGCUCGCGGGCAGGAUCGCGGAGAUGUCGCCGGACGCGGUAAUCGUGAGCCGCGCUGGGCUCCGGCAGGCCUGGGAGACGGCGAGCGUGGAGAGGGCGACGCAGGUCAUUGACGAGCGGUUCGCGAGGGCGCUGCUGACGGGGGAGAACUUUAGGAUCGGGAUCAAGGCUUUCGCGGAGAAGAAGAAGCCUGAGUGGGUGCCGUCGAAGAUGUGA